AUGUCGAAGAUUAAGAUAGCCAUUGAUAGAGGUGGUACUUUCACGGACUGUAUUGCAAACCCUGGGUCGGGCAAUCCAGAGGAUGAUGUUGUUAUCAAAUUGUUAUCGGUAGACCCUAGGAACUACCCAGACGCUCCAUUGGAAGGUAUAAGACGUUUACUCGAGAUUUGUCAAGGUAAAUCGAUACCUAGAGGUCAGAAUCUAGAUAUCUCUGGUGUUGAUACCAUUAGGAUGGGUACCACACUAGCAACCAAUUGUGCAUUGGAAAGAACCGGAGAAAGAUGUGCGUUAGUCACUACUAAAGGUUUCGAGGAUGCAUUAGUAAUUGGAGAUCAGACUAGGCCUAAUAUCUUUGAUUUGGCUAUCAAGAGACCUAGACCUCUAUAUGAGACUGUUGUAGAAGUCAAUGAGAGAGUAACGCUAGCAGAUUAUGCUCAAGAUCCAAAGGGUAAGAGGACUCGGCCGGAAUCAGAAGAUGAUCUCGUGUUAGGCAAGUCUGGAGAAACUGUUAGAGUGUUGCAAAGAAUUAAUGAAGAAGAAGUUCGAACUACUUUGAACAUUUUGUAUGCUACCGGGAUUAGAUCAUUGGCCGUUGCCUUUUUACAUUCAUAUACAUACCAAGAACAUGAACAAAAGGUUUAUAAGAUCGCUAAAGAGAUUGGUUUCACUCAUGUUUCCUUAUCUUCUGAAUUAUCGCCUAUGAUCAAGUAUAUUCCGAGGGCAAAUUCAGCCGUUGCUGAUUCUUACUUGACUCCAGUGAUCGAAUCGUACCUCGAAGGAAUUGAGUCAGGUUUGGACAAAGCAGAAGACACUAGUAUUCAAUUUAUGCAAUCAGAUGGUGGUCUUGUUGAUGCACAUAAAUUUUCAGGUUUAAGGGCCAUUCUCUCGGGACCUGCAGGCGGUGUGGUGGGAUAUUCUGCGACAUGUUACAAUCCAGAGAACAAGAUCCCAUUAAUCGGGUUUGAUAUGGGUGGAACAUCUACAGAUGUCAGCAGGUAUGGUAAUGGUAUCUUGGAACAUGUGUUCGAAACCACCACUGCUGGAAUCGUGAUUCAAACUCCACAACUAGACAUCAAUACAGUUGCUGCAGGUGGAUCUUCCAGAUUAUUUUGGAGCAAUGGUCUUUUCAAAGUGGGCCCUGAAUCAGCUACAGCGCAUCUGGGUCCUGCAUGUUACCGUAAAGGAGGCCCAUUGACCAUUACGGAUGCGAACUUGUAUCUUGGUAGAUUAGUUCCAGAAUUUUUCCCACAUAUCUUCGGUCCUAACGAAGAUGAGCCCUUGGACGUUGAAGCUUCUAGGGUAUUAUUCGAAAAGAUUACUGAAGAGAUCAACAACGAUCUAAAUUCCUCGAUGAGCGUUGAUGAAGUUGCCUAUGGGUUCUUAAAAGUUGCGAACGAGUCAAUGGCUAGGCCAAUCCGUACUUUGACCGAGGCUAAAGGACAUGUGAUUUCGCAGCAUCGUCUUAUUUCCUUUGGUGGGGCUGGUGGUCAACAUGCCGUAUCCAUCGCUGAAACAUUAGGAAUUGAUACAGUUUUGAUUCAUCGUUAUUCUUCCAUUCUUUCUGCGUAUGGCAUGUUCCUUGCGGAUGUGGUUGAAGAGUCUAGAGAGCCUUGUUCUUACGUGCUAGAUGAAAGUAAUCGCGAAACAAAUGCGUUGAUUGAGGAUAAAUUCAAUAGGCUCACAUCCAAAUGUAUUGACACGCUAAAGCAACAAGGCUUCAACACUGAGACUAUCAGAUUGGAGAAAUAUUUGAACUUGAGAUAUGAGGGUACAGAAACCGCUUUAAUGGUCUUAGAAUCGGGAGAUACAAGCUACACAAACCAAUUCCAUGAACUACAUAAAAAGGAGUUUGGAUUCAAGUUUGAGGAUAAAUCGAUCAUAGUGGAUGAUGUGCGAGUAAGGGCCACUGGUGUAUCCAACGUAAGAGAAGAAGAGUACAUUGAUUCUCAACUACAGAGAUUGGUAGCAAAGGCUGCUCCUGAACCUUUAUUCAGGAAACCUGUUAUGUUCGGUGAAGGGUGGGUUGAGACUCCUAUGUACAAAUUGGAUGAUUUGGAGAUCGGCACUAAAAUACAAGGACCUGCCAUCAUAGCUGAUGGUACCCAAACUAACUUAUUGACACCAAACUCAACGGCUACGAUUUUAAAAUCACAUCUGUUUAUCAAGAUCGAAAAGAACACUAAGACCAGUAAGGCUCUCUCAGAAGCUUCAGAAACAAUUGAUCCCGUGUUAUUAUCAAUCUUUGGACACAGGUUCAUGGAUAUUGCAGAGCAGAUGGGUAAUCAGUUGAGAAAGACGUCUGUAUCGACAAACGUGAAGGAAAGGCUAGAUUUCUCUUGUGCACUAUUUGACAAAGAUGGUAACUUAGUGGCUAACGCACCUCACGUUCCAGUGCACUUGGGUUCGAUGUCAACUUGCAUAAAGAUGCAAGCAAAACUCUGGGAAGGUAAAUUAAAACCAGGCGACUCAAUAAUGACGAACCAUCCGGAGAUGGGUGGUACACAUCUACCGGACAUUACUGUAAUCACACCAGCGUUCGACCCCAAAGAUGCGACUCGUAUCUUGUUCUAUGUAGCGUCAAGAGCGCAUCAUGCAGAUAUCGGCGGAUCCUUACCUGGUUCCAUGCCCCCAUUUUCAAGAGAGUUGUACGAGGAAGGUGCCGCCAUAUACAGUGAGAAGUUGGUAGAAGAUGGUAUAUUCGACGAAGCGAAAGUCGUCAAAUUGUUUUUCGAUGAACCGGCACAGUACCCUGGUUGUAGUGGGUCGCGUAAGCUUGCUGACAACGUAUCCGAUUUGAAGGCCCAAAUCGCCGCCAACACAAAGGGGAUCCUGUUAGUCGGAGAACUAGUGAAAGAGUAUGGAUUCAAAGAGAUCGAAAGAUACAUGUAUGCGAUCCAAUCGAAUGCCAGCGAUACGGUGAAGAAGACUUUGAACAAGUUAUCAUUACAGAUGAACCGCGGUGACAUCGAUUCCGUGUGCCAAUUUCAGUCACAUGACUUCAUGGACGACGGUACCAAGAUAUACUUGAAAGUGACAUUGGACCCAAGGAACGACAAAUAUACGUUCGACUUCACAGGAACAACACCUCAAGUGUAUGGGAACUUGAACGCACCAGAAGCGAUAACGUAUUCUGCGACGUUGUACGUGUUGCGGUGUCUCGUGGAUGAAGAGAUCCCAUUGAACCAAGGCUGUCUGGACCCAGUCGAUGUGAUAAUCCCAAAGGGUAGCGUACUAUCGCCAAGACAAGGUGCGGCUGUGGUGGGCGGCAAUGUGAUGACUUCACAAAGAGUCACCGAUGUGAUCCUAAAGACUUUACAAGUGUCAGCUGAUUCCCAAGGCGAUUGUAACAACUUCACCUUCGGUAACGAAGGAUUUGGAUACUAUGAAACCAUUUGCGGCGGGCACGGUGCAGGAAACUUCUACUGGAGAAGCAAAAAUGCCAAAGGCGAUCCGACGUGGGAAGGGACCAGUGCCGUUCAUACCAACAUGACCAACACAAGAAUGACCGAUGUGGAGAUCUUCGAAAGACAUUAUCCUGUAAUCUUGCGUCAGUUUGCAAUAAGAAAGGCGUCUGGCGGUGUGGGCAAAUUCCGUGGAGGGAAUGGUGUCAUUCGAGAAGUGGAAUUUACAGAACAAGUGCAAGCUUCAAUCCUUUCAGAGAGAAGAGUUCAUCCGCCUAAUGGACUCCAAGGUGGUGGUGAUGGAGAAAGAGGAAUGAACCUGUGGAUAAGAGGAGGAGGAAGUGAAGACACCGAAGGUUCCAUUGUGAACUUGGGAGGUAAGAACACCGUUAUGAUGCGUCCUGGAGAUAAGAUCGUGAUCCAGACUCCAGGCGGUGGCGGCUAUGGAUGUGCCUCUGAGUUAUAA